CCCCCCUCCCCCCGUCAUGUGGAGGGCGCCCGUCCUGCUCCUGCUGUGCCAGGUUUUCGUCUCCAGCAUUACCAGCACCCCCAGCAGGCAGCGGCCCUACGCACCACUCGGGGGGCAAGUGUUCCUGGGUGCAGAUGCCGCGCAGGGGUUCUUGGGGCGCCGGCUCCUCUACAAUCACUGGGACUUUGAGCUGGUGACGCCGGGGAACCUGGAGCGCGAGUGCAGGGAGGAGGUUUGCAACUAUGAGGAGGCGCGAGAAGUCUUCGAGAACGACGUU